CCCCACGCCCCGCGUCCGGAAGGAACCGCGCGCGCUCCCCGGCGUGGUGCGUCUACGCCUGACAGUCUCCAGGAAGCAGGAUGCCAGUGCCUCUGGGGAAGCUGGUCCUUUUCACCGGUGUGGCGGGUACCGGGACCUGCGCCCUCCUGUAUUACCUGAUACAGAAAACUUUUUCCAGGGCUUCCUAUUACCAGCUCGCAUUGGAGCAGCUGCGCAGCCACCCUGAGGCACUGGAAGCGCUGGGCACUCCUCUCCAGGUGCACCACCUCCGACUCACCGACAAGGACAAUUUCGUGGACAUCGCCGAUGCCAAGUUGAAGAUUCCUGUCUCCGGACCCAGGGCAGAGGGCCAUCUCUAUGUCAACUCAUCCAGGGAUGCCCCCUUUAAGAGGUGGAACCUCCAAGAGGUCUUCUUAGAGCUCAAGGAUGGUCAGCAGAUUCCCGUGUUCAAGCCUGGUGGGGAGAACGGUGAUGAUGCGGUGAAAAGGGAGUGAAGGUGACCAGCUCCCUCCCAGCCGCUCCCCCCACCCCCACGUGCCCUGCAUUCAGCCCCCGGGCGAGUGGCCGUUCUGCUGGGAUGCUGGUUUCUGUGUCACUCUCCUUGGGCCACAACAAAUGCUUCUGUGGUUUUUAAUUUAAUCAGAAAGAAACUUACUAUAAUUUAUUAGAAUGAAUGUACUUGAAAGUUCUCUGUACAAAAGCAAAGCACAGAAUUAAAGGAAUCCUAUUCAUAACAA